GGCUGAACCCGGAAGUGGGGAGCGCCCGGUGUGGAGCUCGGCGGCCGCCAUCCAGCGAGCGGGGAGCCAGCCUCAUGUUCCCGCCCGUGAAACCCUGGGGCCCGCCCCUCCAGAAGCUGUUCACUGAGACAAUCUAGUUUAUUUUAUUUUAUUGCAUUGCAUUGCAUUGCUUCUUUCUUCCCUCCUCCCCAUCACCCUUUCUCAGUCCUGCCUAAGAUCCUUAUGAAGUUUCUUGCUCCGAAUUUGGCGUACUGCAAUGAAGAAAAGGAGAAAGGUGACUACAGAUCUGGAUGAGAGAAUUCAUCUCGGCUACCCCAGGGAAGCGCCCGCAGGCAAUGGUGCAGUGGCAGGUGGCCAAGUCAACUCUGCACACCCUGCAGAAAGGCCCAGCCCGGAUGCCCUGCCCCAUCCAGGCUACCCGGAGUUUCCCCCCUCGCCCGAUCAGAGAAAACUGUUGAGUUCUCUGCAGUACAAUAAGAACUUGCUCAAGUAUUUAAAUGAUGACCGGCACAAGCAGCCCUCCUUCUGCGACCUGCUGAUCAUCGUGGAGGGGAAGGAAUUCAGCGCGCACAAAGUGGUGGUGGCCGUGGGCAGCAGCUAUUUCCACGCCUGCCUGAGCAAAAAUCCCAGCACGGAUGUCGUCACCCUGGAUCAUGUAACGCACUCGGUGUUUCAGCAUUUGCUCGAGUUUCUGUACACUUCCGAAUUCUUCGUCUACAAAUAUGAGAUACCUCAUGUCUUGGAGGCCGCGAAAUUUCUGGACAUCAUCGAUGCAGUGAAGCUGCUCAAUAACGAGAACGUGGCCCCGUUCCAGCCUGCGCUCAGUGAGAAAUCCUCCUCCUCGCCCGAAGAUUCGCUGAAUGAAUUAACCGGAAGAGUAUCAAAUAGUCAUCAGUGUAAAUUCUGCAGUAGACAUUUCUGUUACAAAAAGUCCUUGGAGAAUCAUUUGGCCAAAACCCAUCCUUCUCUUUUGCUGGGGAAGAAACAUGGGUUAAACAUGCUGGAGAGAAGUUUUUCUGCCAGGAGGUCCAAAAGGAAUCGCAAGUGUCCUGCGAAGUUUGAUGACACCAGCGAUGAUGAGCCUGAGAGCGGGGAGGGGUCAGACCAUUUGAAUCAGGAGCACUCUGAUCAGGACAAAUCCGACAGGAAUGACUCUGAGGACCCUGGGAGUGAGUACAAUGUGGAUGAAGAUGAGCUAGAUGAGGAAAUGUCCGAUGAAUAUUCUGACACUGAAGAACAGAGUGACAAAGACAUAGAUGUAGAAGAGGAACCCGAAGAGGCUGGUGAUCCGGCUGACAAUAAUCACGAAGGGCUAACGCCGGUGGUAAUUCAGAACAGUAACAAAAAAAUUUUGCAGUGUCCUAGAUGUGAUAAAACAUUUGACCGAAUAGGGAAAUAUGAGAGCCACACACGUGUUCACACAGGUGAGAAACCCUUUGAGUGUGAUAUUUGUCACCAGCGCUAUUCGACAAAGUCUAACCUAACUGUUCAUAGAAAGAAGCACAGUAGUGAGACAGAAUUUCAUAAGAAGGAGCACAAGUGCCCUUAUUGUAACAAACUUCAUGCAAGCAAGAAGACUUUAGCCAAGCAUGUUAAAAGAUUUCACCCUGAAAAUGCACAAGAUUUUAUUUCCAUUAAGAAGACUAAGAGUGAAAGUUGGAAAUGUGAUAUUUGCAAGAAGUCUUUUACUCGAAGACCACACUUGGAGGAGCAUAUGAUUUUGCAUUCUCAGGAUAAACCUUUUAAGUGCACAUAUUGUGAAGAACAUUUCAAAUCUCGAUUUGCACGGUUAAAGCAUCAAGAAAAGUUCCAUCUGGGUCCUUUUCCAUGUGAUAUUUGUGGUCGCCAAUUUAAUGACACUGGAAAUUUAAAACGCCAUAUAGAGUGCACCCAUGGUGGAAAGAGAAAAUGGACUUGCUUUGUUUGUGGAAAAUCAGUUCGGGAGAGAACUACUUUGAAAGAACAUAUGAGGAUUCAUAGUGGAGAAAAGCCUCAUCUCUGCAGUAUUUGUGGGCAGAGUUUUCGUCAUGGAAGCUCCUACAGACUUCAUUUACGAGUACAUCAUGAUGAUAAAAGAUAUGAGUGUGAUGAAUGUGGGAAAACAUUUAUUCGUCAUGACCACCUUACAAAGCACAAAAAAAUACAUUCAGGUGAAAAGGCUCAUCAGUGUGAAGAAUGUGGAAAAUGUUUUGGUCGAAGGGAUCAUCUCACUGUGCAUCACAAGAGUGUUCAUCUCGGGGAGAAAGUGUGGCAAAAAUAUAAAGCAACAUUUCAUCAAUGUGAUGUUUGUAAGAAAAUUUUUAAAGGCAAAUCAAGUCUAGAAAUGCAUUUCCGGACCCAUUCAGGUGAAAAACCCUAUAAGUGUCAAAUCUGCAAUCAGUCUUUUAGAAUUAAGAAGACAUUAACCAAGCACCUGGUCAUUCAUUCUGAUGCUCGACCUUUCAACUGUCAACACUGCAGUGCAACCUUUAAGCGGAAAGACAAAUUGAAGUACCACACUGAUCACGUGCAUGGCAUAAAAACACCUGACGAAGCCCUCAGUACUUCUGAGGAAAAACUUGUCUCCUUGCCGGUGGAGUACUCCUCUUCCGAUGACAAACUCCUUCCAGGUGAAGCAAAACAGUAUACGGAGCAGCCCAAAGCAUAUCAGUCAGAGGCCAAGACUCUGUUGCAGAAUGUGUCGACCGAAGUCUGCGUCCCGGUAACCUUGGUUCCUGUUCAAAUGCCUGACACUCAGGGCGACCUGGUGCGCCACACCACUACACUACCGCCGCCACCGCCACCAGCAGCAGCAGCAGCACCAUCUUCGCAUGACAUCUUGUCGCCACAGCCACAAUCAACAACAGAUUACCCGCGAGCCGCAGAUUUAGCUUUCCUGGAGAAAUAUACCCUGACCCCGCAACCUGCAAAUAUAGUCCAUCCUGUCCGUCCUGAGCAGAUGCUGGAUCCUAGGGAACAGUCUUACCUGGGCGCAUUGUUGGGCCUUGACAACACGACUGCUGUACAGAAUAUUCCCAAUAACGAGCAUCAUCCAUGAAUCAUUCGAAACAUUCCGCAGACAUUUUUGAUGGCUCUGUACUAAUUAAUUUAGGUAGCCUCAGAUGAUGGCUUUUAAAUGAAUAUGAUUGCCAUAUUUUUUUAAUUUACUGUCAUUUCUCAAGUCCUCAGAACCAUAUCAAAUGAAGCAAAUGACACAUCUCUACUGAACCAAGGACACAUGUUGAGGCAUAAUAUUUGAAGUGCAUUUUUGUAAUUUAAAUAUUAUUUAGUGACCAUUUUUCAUGGUUUCAAAAUUUUAGGCAUUAGUAGCUAUUAACAUGAUGGGAAUUUCUUUUUAAUUUUUUAUUUUUAAUCGUCAGUGGACAUUUUAAUUUUUUAAAUCACAUUCUCUUUUCCCUUCCCAUUUGCAAAUACAUUAAGGACCAUGUAGCCUUUAAGAAAGAAUAUAAGAGUAUACUGAUAACUGCAACUGAUAUUUAUCAUAGGUUAGGAUGUGUUACUCUUUUUCAAGGUUUUUAAAAAUAAAUUAGGAGCUGAUUUGUAAGAUCUUGGGUAUAUUGGUUUUAUGUUAGUUAUACUUUUUUUUUUAAUUUGGCCAUAAUUUUCAGAUAAUCAUUUUUUUGGAUUUUUUACAGAUUCAAUGACAAAAUAAACUCAUGAAAGAUUAGCUUAUUAAAUAAAAUGAAGUUACCUGAAUAGUUGGCUUUUGCUUGCCUAACUUAUGAAUAAGAUGCGCAAAUAUAGAUCUAGACAUUUAAUUACACAAGUUGACAGUGUGUUGAAAGCAAGGCCUGAUCAUUUUCAUCAAUUUUAAUCUUUCAAGUUACCUUAUAUUAUUGUGCCACAUAUUUUAGAAACAACAUUAUGGAACCUAUUUUUAUCUUACUGAGAAGGUGCAAUUAUUAUAACUAAUCAAAAAGCUCCUUUAAUGGUCUCAUUAAUUUUGGCUGACUAAAAACUCUGGGUCUCAUUAACUUUGACUAAAAGUCUGGGUGUGCAGAAUGUAGGUGUUUUACAUGUAGUUUUUAGAAAAGGUGCCAAACAUAUGUGUCUGACUAAAUUUAAUGUUUACUUUAAUCAGAGGGAACCACUACUGGUAGACAGAUUUUUAUGUAAUCUGAUCUUGAUAUUUUUACUUUUUACAUAAGCCUGAUGUCUAUGAUUAUCCUUGAUUUUUAUUUUUAUAGCAGAAAAAGGUUGAGGACUUGGUGAAAGGAAAUAAUUGAGGGGGAAAAGUUGAAACUAUAAAGUAACCUUUAAAGAUGUGCACUUUUCAUACUUUUGAGUCAAUUUAAACUUAAACUAGGAUAAUCUUUCCUAGUCAAGCUGCUUGAAGGAUUAGACUAGGCAGGGUUGAUUUUUUAUUACCAUGUCACUUGUAUGUCAACUACUGGAAAAUAGCAAUCUGAAGAGUUUUCUAUUUCAGUUUUGUUUACACUCCUAAUUGCUUUAAGCACUUUUUUUGUGUGUAAACUGUAAAGUCUGGCCCAGCCCUUGUGAAAAAGAUCACAAAUAAGAUAAUGAACUUUUAAUGCAUUAAAUUUAGCCAGUUACUAAUGAGGAAACUUGUUUGCUAAAGCACUUAUGAAAUGAAUAUAAGGAACUUUUACCUUACAAAUGAAA